GCGCGAGUGCUAGUGGGCGCCGUGAGCUCACGACGAGCGCAGCACAGCGCAGCUCCAACACACACACAUCCCUGUAAAAAAAAACACAUGACCGCGCCGUCGGAGACGCCGCCGCCGGCCGAGGCCGCCGCCGCGCCGCAAAAGAAGGAGAAGAAGGAGCGCAAGCCGCAGACGGGCCCGCCCGAGGGCUACGAGAAGAAGAAGCAGCUCACGAAGGCCGAGCGGCGCGAGCUGCAGGAGAAGCAGCGCGCGGCCAAGGCCGCGGCCAAGGGCGACGCGCCCGAGGCGAAGAAGGGCGGCGACGCGAAGAAGGCCCCGGGGGCCGCGGCGCCCAAGGGCGGCGGCGGCAAGGAGCCCCCCGCGAAGGACACCCCGAAACCCGCCGCGCCGAAGCACACGGGCGUGCUCGCGCACCUCGAGGCGACGUCGAAGAAGAAGCCGCCGUCGAACGCGCACGCCGCCGUCGAGGCGCUCGGGCUCCGCUACGCGGCCGGGCUCCACGACGGCGCCAACGAGCGCUGCGUCGCCAUGCUCGCGGCCUUCAAGGAGUUCGUCGGCGACUACCAGCUGGCGCCCAACACGACGGUGAACCGCGACCUCGACAAGAAAUUGAAGCCGCAGAUCCAACAUUUGAUCGACCGCCGGCCUCUGAGCGCGUCCAUGGGCGCGGCGGUGCGGAAGCUGCGGCGCUGCAUCGCCACCCUGGACCCGGAGAUGUCCGCGGAGGACGCCAAGGCGGCGCUCCGGGACGAGAUCGACGCGUACGCGCGGGAGCGCAUCGUGCUCGCGAACGAGGUCAUCGCGAAAUUGGCGAGCGAGAAGCUCCGCGACGGCGACGUCGUCGUGACCUUCGGCCGCGCCGACGCCGUCGAGUCGGCGCUCUACGCGGCCAAGGCCGCGGGCACGACGCUGCGCGUCGUCGUCGUCGACGCGGCGCCGGCGCUCGAGGGGCGCGUCUUGCUGCGGCGGCUCAACGCCGCGGGUUUGGACUGCGCGUACUGCCUGCUCCACGCGGCGCCGCUCCACCUCAAGCACGCGACCAAGGUCGUGCUCGGCGCCGACGCGCUCUUCAGCAACGGCGCGGUGCUCGCGGCCGCGGGCACCGCGGGCGUCGCGAUGCUCGCGUCCGCGCAGAACGUGCCCGUGCUCGUGUGCUGCGAGGCCUACAAGUUCCACGACCGCGUCCAGCUCGACUCCGUCGCGUCCAACGAGCUCGUGGACCUCGACCCGAAAGGCAAGGCGCCCGCGGACGGCGACAAGCCCCGGGCGAGGGCGCGCCACCUCAAGUACGACGUCACGCCCGCGACCUUCGUCUCCGCGAUCGUCUCCGAGCACGGCCUCCUGCCGCCGUCGGCCUGCGCGGUGUUGAUUCGCGAGAUGGGCGAGUCCGAGGGCAAGGAGAACCCGGUGUAAUAUGGGCGGUUAG